AUGGCUGCUCUCACGGGGGACCAGAUCGCGGUCCUCAACAUCAUCCAACAGGUGGGCUCCUCGCUCUCUCUUGUGGGGUGCAUCUUCAUCAUCGGCACCUUCUGCUUUUGCGAUGCGUUCCACAAGUCCAUCAACCGGCUCGUCUUUUACGCCUCCUUCGGAAACCUUGCGUCCAGUGUGGCAUUCAUGAUGGCGGGCUUGCACAUUGACCAGCCCUUGAGUGCAGCGUGCCAGGCGCAAGCCUUUCUUCUGGAUGUCUUUGUGGCCGCUGAUGCGUUCUGGACGCUGGCCAUGGCCGUCAACGUAUACCUCACAUUCUACUUUCGAUUCGACGCGCACGCUCUACGACGGAUCGAGGUUCCGUACCUAUUUCUCUGCUACGGGAUACCCUUUGUUCCCGGGUUCAUCUUCCUGUUCAUCAAGAACUCGGAGGGCCAGCAUGUGUACGGUGCCGCUGGCAUGUGGUGCUGGAUUACGCCCCAGUGGGAUCCGUUGCGCAUUGCCACCUUCUACGGGCCGGUUUGGGUCGUUAUCGCAAUCACAAUGGCCAUUUACCUCCGGUCCGGGACCACCAUAUACAGGAAGCACCAACAACUGCGCAAGUUUCAAGGCUCAACCUCUGGCGGCAUGUCCUCAUCGACUCGCGGCAACACCGUCACCAACAUGAGAACCACGGAGGUCGUUGUCACAUCCGAGGUGGUGACCAAGUCGGAGACAAUGGAGUUGCACACGAUCGGCGGUCAGUCAACCGCCCAUGCGACAACUGCCACCCCGAAUGGCAUCGAAGCGGGCACAUCACAGCCACAAACCUCUACGCAAACAGGGACCAACGCAACUUCGGUGACCGCCGGCGGUGCUCCUCGUCCCUCGAACCGAAUCCACCAAGAAAUCAAUAACGCGGCGUGGCAGUACACAAAGUGUGCGCUCCUCUUCUUCGUCGUGAUCCUCAUCACCUGGCUGCCUUCGAGCGCGAACCGCGUGUACUCGCACAUUCACCCACGUGAAACAAGCGUCACACUGCAAUUUAUGAGCGCAACAGUGCUGCCAUUGCAAGGCUUCUGGAACGCCGUCAUCUACGCCGUUACAUCAUGGGCGGCAUGCAGAAAGUUACUAGACAAGUGGAGAAACACGAUCCUCAAAAAGCGAAAUAGUACCGCUGCCGUCGGUGGGAGCGAAGGGCAGCGGUUAGGGGGGCCGGGCAAGCAUCCGUGGACGCGGCAGGAUGAGCCGCGCUCCCAACGGGGGUGGAGUGGGCGUCUGGGAACAGUGCUCAGCACCGGCAAAGAGGAGGACACGGAGAGUAUGAGGGAGCUGGCCAAGACUGCACAGGGGUCUGAUGACGGCCGGAGCGGCAGUUUAGCGCCUUCUCGCAGCGAAGUAUAG